AGGAGCCAACGACAGAGCUCGGGGCGCGCAGGCGCGUUGGCUGGGAAGCUGCUGGUUUUGUUGAUGUUGUGCUGGAGUUCAUUGUUUUCAGGCUGAGCUAGGAUUACGUUGCAGCGUGCGGUGGCUGAGGAGGCGGGAGAGCCUACAGGGGAGCCCAAUGAGGGUCUGAUGGAAAAGGCCAAGGAGCUGGCUGACCAUUCUUCAAUUACUGUGCGGAAAAGACGGGAUUCCUUCGGAAUGUUUGACGGGUAUGAUAGCUGCAGUGAGGACACCAGCAGCAGCUCCAGCUCUGAUGAGAGUGAAGAGGAGGUGGCCCCACUACAGUCCAGCCUCCCCAUUAUAAAAAACAAUGGGCAGGUGUACACUUAUCCUGAUGGGAAAUCUGGAAUGGCAACCUGUGAAAUGUGCGGAAUGGUCGGGGUCAGGGAUGCGUUUUACUCGAAGACCAAGCGAUUCUGUAGCGUCUCCUGCUCGCGAAGCUAUUCCUCAAACUCUAAGAAGGCAAGCAUCCUGGCGAGGCUACAGGGUAAACCUCCCACUAAAAGAGCAAAGGUUCUCCAAAAACAGCCUCUCGUGGCUAAGUUGGCAGCUUACGCGCAGUAUCAGGCUACGCUGAAGAAUCAGACGUUAAGUAAAACUGCUGUCACUGCAGAGGGAUUCAGCUGGGGCAACUACAUCACUAGCAGUAACCUGGUGGCGGCUCCAGUCACUUGCUUCAAACACGCACCAAUGGGCAACUGCUGGGGAGACAUAGCUGAAGGUGUGAGAGUUGAAGUUCUCAACACAGAUCAGAAUCUGACUACAAAAGUGUUUUGGAUUGCUGGAAUUGUGAAACUGGCAGGCUACAACGCCUUACUCCGAUAUGAAGGCUUUGAGAACGACACCAGCCUGGACUUCUGGUAUAAUAUUUGUAGUAAUGACGUUCACCCGGUCGGUUGGUGCGCAAGCAGCGGAAAGCCACUUGUCCCGCCUCAAACCAUUCAACACAAAUAUUCAAAUUGGAAAGUUUUCUUAGUCAAGCGACUAACUGGUGCCAAGACACUACCUGCAGAUUUUGCUCAAAAGGUGUCUGAUAGUAUGCAGUAUCCCUUCAAGCCUUCAAUGAGGGUGGAAGUAGUGGACAAAACGCACCUAUGCCGGACGCGGGUAGCAGUCGUAGACAGUGUAAUAGGAGGUCGGUUGCGGCUCGUGUACGAGGAGAGCGAGGACAAGACGGACGACUUCUGGUGUCACAUGUACAGUCCUCUCAUUCAUCCUAUUGGAUGGUCUCGAAGCAUAGGCCAUCGGUUUAAGAGAUCAGACAUCUUAAAGAAGAAUGAAUCUCACUUUAAUGCGCCUUCACACUUAUUUUCAAAGGUCAAAGACGUUGACCAAAACUCUGAGUGGUUCAAGGAAGGGAUGAAACUGGAAGCGAUCGAUCCACUAAACCUCUCUGCGAUAUGUGUGGCCACCAUUAGAAAGGUGUUAGCGGAGGGCUACCUGAUGAUUGGGAUCGAUGGGUCAGAAGCAGCGGAUGGUUCCGACUGGUUUUGUUAUCACGCUUUAUCACCCUCGAUAUUCCCUGUUGGCUUCUGUGAAAUUAACAAGAUUGAACUAACUCCGCCACGAGGAUAUACAAAACUACCUUUCAAAUGGUUCGACUACCUCAGGGAAACUGGAUCCAUAGCUGCUCCUGUGAAGCUUUUCAACAAGGAAGUCCCCAAUCACGGCUUCCGCGUCCGGAUGAAGCUUGAAGCUGUGGACCUCAUGGAGCCUCGCCUGGUGUGUGUAGCCACAGUCACACGCAUCAUACACAGGCUUCUAAGGAUUCAUUUUGAUGGCUGGGAAGACGAGUAUGAUCAGUGGGUGGACUGUGAAUCUUCAGACCUCUAUCCCGUUGGAUGGUGUCAGUUAACGGGAUACCAACUACAGCCUCCAGCACCACAAUCAAAGGACAACCAGACCAGUGUAACCAAACAGAAGAAAAAGUCCAAGUCACAACAGUACAAAGGACACAAAAAAAUAACGACUUUACAGUUGAAGGAGGAGAUGCUAGACGGGGAUGAUUACUCCUUUCUCCAAGGAGCCUCUGACCAGGAGAGCAACGGGUCCGGCAGCUACUACAUCAAACAAGAACCCUGAUGCAAGUUGAACGAUUCUUAACUUAAUAACCUAUAAGAAUGUUUUCUUAUAAAAACAAACAAAAAACAAAACAAAAAACAAACUGAAUCUAAACACAUAAAAAAAAACAAUGGACUCGCGCGCAGGGACAUUCUGUUCAGUGACAAAAAGAAAUAUUUUGGUGAAGAAAAAAAAAAAACAGAAAUUUUACAGUUUAUUAAAUAACGUCGCCGAUUUUGUGUUGUAUUUGAAGUUUUUGAAAAAGAAAUGUAAUAUUUUCAGAUUUUACAAAUAUUGUGCAUUGUGGGCAGGGAAACGGAUUUUGUUUUUGUUUUUUCUUUCUUUGGUACCUUUUUUGCAGGGCUAGAUUAUUUGUUUAGGACGGGGGAUAUUUUGC